CCGCACCUUUUUAGCUGCUUCUUAGAAAAAGUUAUCAAAGAAAUGGCCGUGCUUCUUCUUUUUUGAAAUGGAUAGUAGUUUUUUUUUGAAUGUCUUAAAAGAAAGGCUUUUAUCACCCCGAACAAAUUAAAGUGUCAAUUAGAGAUAAUGAUUUAAUUGUUCAAGGCGAACAUAAUUAUAAGGACGAUACUCGGUCGGAAAAAUUAUCUUUUUAUAAUUCCGUCACUCUUCCACUUGGUACGCAAAUGGAGCAACUUAAAUCCCAACUGACACCAGAUGGUAAAUUGCAAAUUGAAGCACCGUUUUAUGAACCGACGCUUCAACAAAUUGAAAUGAGUAGACGAUAA